AUGGUGGACCAAGACCCGAACAUAGUCUAUUCAGGGGAGCCUGGAAAAGACUCAAUUAGCGCAGAGGACUUUGCCCGACAUGUUGCUCUCAAAAUGCGUACCAUGGCACUAACAACCGACGCAGACAAAUUGGACGCAUUCGGCGACUUCCUGCUAGCAGGGAAACCGGCCGACAAGUGGUGGAAAGCGAAACAGGCGUCCACAACGCCAAUCACCAAGUGGACCGACGCGAGAAAGGAGUUCGUAAUGGAAUUUGACGCACCACAAGCCGCAGAGAAAACCAAACAGGAGUGGGAGCGGGAACUAAGCAAGAUACGCAUCACGCUGGACAAAUUGGGAACCAAAACAAUGGUGGGGGGCGUAGAAACGCACGCGCACAUAGCAUUUGCAAGGAAGAUGUUACGCAUGGCAAAGGAAGCGGGCAUAUCGAAGUCGAACAGCAACAUAUGGGUAGUGCGCGACCACCUGCCAAUCUCCCUUCGCGACCAAACACCAAGAUCGGCAACCAGCUGGGAAGCGUUUGCGACGGCCAUCGAGAAGAUCGAGGUAGACAAGCUGAGGGAAGAAGUGGAAAAGGAGCGGGAAAACGACAAGCUGAAGACAGAGCUAGCCGCACUCAAGGCCAGAAACGCACCAAGCGCACUAGUCCCACAAUCACCGACAGCGCCGCUCCGCACCCAAAUGGCACGCACCAGCAUCUCCACGGAACAACGAAUCCCAGCACCGAACUUCCGGCCAACCAUGCAAACAUCACCGGAGGUACUCUCGACGGAAGCCAAGGCGACGCUGGCCAGAGUGCUCGAGAAGAUGAAGGCGACAAAACCCCUGCUCAGAACGAGCCCAGCAGACGUAGCAACGUACAAAGCGAGAUGGAGAGCAUUCUCAGCACUGCAGGAGCCGGUCCUGGUCGAACAAGUUGGAGUUCCGCUCUCGCCAGGAACGGUAUGGCCAGGAAGCGGCGAGUGUUGGAACUGCGGGAAACUGACAGCACCAAAGCACAACGCCAGGGAGUGCUUGGAAACAGCACUGCCAGCAGCCGAACGUCGCUUCCGGCGGAUCUGCGCCAAGAACAUGCCACGCGCGACGUCGGUCAACGCAGUGAUAACGGACUGGAUGGACGAAGAAGACGGCGGACAGCAGGGUUUUCAGGACGGGUCGCCGUGA